UUCAAAACAGUACAAAAUACAAAUUGAUAAUGUGAAUCUAACGAUUCAUUUAUUUUACUAUAAUUACAGCUAAUUGAUUUAAUCAACCCACUAAAAUCAAAUAAAAGCAUUCUUCAAUAUUUUUGAAACCAAAAUAACUUGUUAACUAAUUUUUUAUCAAGUGUGUGUUUGUCAAAGGAAAUGAUGUCGAGGAAAGUAGAUUAUAAUUCUUAGUAAUAUGAAUACUACAAUAUAACAUAUUGAAUAAAGGUGUAAUAAAAUGAGUCAACAUAAAUUUUGGAGAGGUAUUGAAGCUUUGAAGGUUUCAUCAGCGCAGAAUGUGCCAGAAAAGAUUGUAAAGCUUUGUUCACUGGGCGCGGAUUUUCUCGCACUAGGAAACGACCAUGGCCUCUAUUAUUGUAGUAUAGAAGAAGAAAAUUUAAAUUUUAGAAAAAUUUGUGGCGUCUCUGCUAUCGACAUAUCAUAUCAUAAUGAUAUCUUGUAUAUUAUCAAUGAACAUGGAAGACUCUACAAAACAAAUUGCAGUUUUAAAAACAAAGAAGAGAUCAUCGUUAAGGAAGAAUCGAAAUGCUGUCCUCAUGGCUUUAAAAGUAACAGCUCUAAAGUAAGGUUUAGAAAUGUUGUUACUAGUGAUUUUGGUCAGCUGUAUAUAAGUAGUGAUGGGCACUUAUGGGGCUCAGGGGUUAUGCCUCAAAUAGGUUUAGAUACAAGUAGUAUUAAAAAGAUUCCAUUUUUUGAGGGAAGAACAGUCUACAGUGCUUCCAUCGGCCAAAAUUUUGCAGCUGUUAUAGCUAGGAAAAAUGUAAGGCAAUCGGGUAAUUGUGAUACCGACAGUGAUAAUGAUGAUGAAGAAGUGUUUGCGUCAAAUUGCUCGCAGUGUCAAACUAUAAUUGGUCUCGCGUCCCCUGCAUCUGUCCCAUCCUUAUCGGAGACUUGUCCUCUUGGAGUUCAUAUAAGUAAGUCAAGUGAAGACUCAAGUAGUACUACAGCACCUCAAACAGAUGUUCAUGUUGAUGCUCAAAGCUUUACAGAAGAUUCUAGUCCCUCUUCAGAGGAAUCCAAAGUUGCUAAACAAAAUUCUCCCAUAUGUGUAAAUAGUAAUUUAGAAUUAGACAAUACAUCAAACAUUGAAGAUACUGGUGGUAAUAAUACUGAUGAGAAUGAAACUCCACAUGCAAGUACAGAGAAGCUGAAUAAUAUAUUUAUAAAUACAGAUGCAGCUAGACAGUUUCUAAGCAGACAGCUAUCUUGGGUAUCUGCUGGGGAAGAUUAUCUAGUUGAAUAUACAGAGAAACCAACAAGAAUAAUUAAAGAAAAUGUAACAAAUAUAACAAAUUUUGUUUAUGAAGGUGUUAAAACUGUAGGAGAUAAAGUGGCCACAUUAUCAAGGCAUGUUAGUGGCAGUAGUGAUAAUAAUGAUAUAGUUGAAAUUCAAAAUCGUAAUUGCAAUGAAGAAAUGAUCAGUUCCCUACUGUACAGUUGUAAUUCAAGUAAAUUUGAUGAUCUCCAAUUUUCUACAAGCACAAUAAGCAGUGAAAAGGAAUUUGAAGCAGCAAGGAAGAAUGAGACUUUGAAGAGCAUGUCAAAACUUGGUAAAAAUAUUUUGGCCACUGAACUAUGGACUUGGGGAGACAUUUCCCAUGGUCAGUUAGGUAUAGGAGAUACAGUAAAAAGAGUGAAGCCAAUGGUAGUUAUGAGCCUCUCAGGUUUUGGUCUUCAGAAAGUUUCUUGUGGAAAAUGGCAUUGCGCCGCUUUAACAUUAGAUGGUAGAUUAUUUAUGUGGGGAUAUAAUCAUUUCAAGCAGGUAAGUUUAGAUUCCAGGGAAGACAAAAGUAGUCCGAAACAAUUCACAGAAAAUUCUGACAGUGAUCGUAUCAGAGAUAUGAUAGCAACGGACAAUCACAUAUUAGCCUACACACACAAUGAAAAUAUCUACUAUAUGGGCAAACAUACUGAUGGAUUCACAGAAGCAAUAGUUAACUUAAAUGAAAAAUUAAAUGACACUGCAAAUGAUAAUGAGAAAGUAAAGACUGUGAAACUAACAGAGCCCCAAAGCUUAAUAAAACCCCAAAAUGUAUGCUAUCAUUGGAGAAUAUUAUCUAGUGGUAGUAUAAGUUAUUGUUCCAUAGAAGAAUCUGCCAUUUGUCCUGAAUUUCAAAACCUCUCAAUUGCUCAACGGUAUUUAGAGGAGAUGCUACUGAUAUAUCAUUCUCUUAUCAAACCAUUUCUAAAGAAAAGUAAAGCAAUCAGUUCAAAUUCCAAUGUCUAUGAAAUGGUUUGUGAUAUAUUUAGUGACAUAUUAAACUUAACAGCAUUAAAUGUGCUUUCAACAUGGCAAUAUGCUGAGAAACACAUAAAUGAAUGUGAUAUAUCAUUAAUAAAAAAUUUAGAAGAGUUUAUUUAUUUGUACAAAAAGUAUUAUAUAGCUGUAAGCAAUUUGAUUGUUAUUGGUGGUUUCGCACAAAUAAACAACAUUAUUGAUGUACCUACAAGUGUUUAUAAUUUGUUUAGCGAUCAACUUCCAUCAAAUAAGCAGAAGAAUAAUAAGAAAACGUCUGAAGCCAUCAUAGCAUUAGCGUUUGUUCAACCCUUGACAAGAUUAAGCUCAUAUAAAUGUAUUGCUCAAUCAUUAUUAAGGUACAGGACGAAACGAAAAAAGGGUGAAACGAAAUCGAACAUAGAAGAAAGAAUUUCGAAAGUGAUCUCGACAUUAGAUACAUUGAAUGAGGAACAAGAGAAAAGACGAAAGGACGCCGAAGUUACAAAAUUGUUUUGGGAGACUAUAGGAAAGAGUUUAGAGCAGUACAAAAUUCCGGAACGUCGACUUUUAAGGGAAUCUAAAUCGAAACAACUCAAUCUUGUUAAUCCUGGUCGAUUUUCCUCUCAUUGGUUUAUAUUAUUUAAUGAUUUGUUUGUUCAUGUCAAUGGUAGUACGCCGAUUCUGCACCCAUUAGAAACGUUAUGGGUCGAUGCCGCGCCUAAUAGCGACUCGCUUCAGAACAUUCUGCAAAUCACAACCCCUGAAGAAAUUAUAUUGGUGUCAACUAAUUCUGAACAAGAAAAAUCAGAAUGGAUUCAAGCAUUGAAUACGGCCAUAAAGACAGUUUUAAAAAAGGACACCAUUUUUAAACCUCCUGCUAUAAGAAGUGCGAGUUACGUAUUUUCGAGUAAACAAACGUUUUACAAAGAUGCAAAGUACAAUGGCAGAUGGUUGGACGGUAAAGUGCAUGGCAGUGGCAAAGUAGAAUGGCCUGAUGGCAAGGUUUAUGUCGGUCAGUUUCAAUUGAACGCACUCUGUGGCCAUGGAAAAAUGGACAUACCUGGAGUAGGGAUAUACGAUGGACAAUGGAAAGACAAUCUCCAGAAUGGGUACGGUAUCAUGAAAUACGCUUCUGGGGAUAUAUACGAAGGCUACUUCAAAGACGGACAUCCACAUGGGCAUGGCAUUAAAAAGCAGGGUGAUUUUACGUCGUCCUCCGCAACCAUAUAUACAGGGGAGUGGGUAGCAGGUGUACGUCAAGGGUACGGCGUUAUGGACGAUAUCGGUAAAGGCGAAAAGUAUUUGGGGAACUGGAGCGAUAAUAAAAAGCACGGUUGUGGCCUUAUAGUGACCCUGGACGGUAUUUACUACGAAGGAUUGUUUACACAAGAUGUUUUAACGGGUCAUGGAGUAAUGGUUUUUGAGGACGGAACACAUUAUGAAGGUGAAUUUCGAUCAGCUGGAGUAUUUUCGGGGAAGGGUGUCCUAACAUUCUCAAGUGGCGAUCGAAUUGAAGGUGCCCUAACUGGCGCUUGGACAGAGGGCGUGAAAAUAUCCAAUGGUGUAAUGCACCUGAACGUUUCAAACCCCGCUUUACCGGCGAAUUCAAAGCCUAAUUCUUUUGGCAAACUGAGCGUCGCGCCAAAUCAGAAAUGGAACGCCCUGUUCCGACAAUGUUUCCACUGUUUGGGCGUUCCAGAGACAAUAUUGACGCCAACCGGCAAUCAUUUCGCAAACGGUCCAUGUCCCACUAUCGAAAAUAUGAAAAUCUGGCAAAACGUAGCCGUCGCUAUAUCUUGCUCUAAUAAACAACAUACGAAAAGCCCUAAGAAAAACAACGGUUCCGAUCUAGAAAAAUCCGUCGAUUGCUUAGAAGUGAUCCCACAUUUUGGACAAAAGAGCCUCAGUCUGAACGAUUACACGGAAUUAAAACAGUAUUUGUACAAUGCCUGUGAAACAAACCACCAUCCCCUUGGACAACUUGUACUUAGCCUUACCAACGCGUUCAACACCACCUAUGGGGGUGUCAGAGUCCACCCUCUCUUACUAAGCCAUGCGGUGAAAGAGCUAAAGAGUAUAACAACACGAUUGUACCAAGUCGUAAGGUUAUUGUUCCCGGUAUUGCCGCCAGAGGGCACGGAUAUAGUGUUGCCGUAUAAGGAGAGUGAGGAUGGUAUGGAGGAUAGCAACCCUAUUGAUGGUGAGGUGGUAUCAGCGGCGUCACUCCUACAACCCACACUCCUGCCUCGUGUGCAUCCAGCCUUAUUCGUAUUAUACGCGCUUCAUAAUAAGCGAGAAGACGAUCUGUAUUGGAGGAGAUUGCUCAAAUGGAACAAACAGCCGGACACUACGCUCAUGGCGUUCUUGGGGAUCGACCAAAAGUUCUGGACGAAAACCAAUAGCCAGUCGCCACCAUAUUCUCCAGCCCGCGAGCAGCUGUUCCAGGAGGCGGUGGAGACGCUGCAGCAGCUGAAGACCACCUUCUCGCCGAUGGAGAAACUGCUGGUCAUCCGGAGUACAUUCCAGAAGAUGACCACCGCUGUGCAGCAGGAACUUGGCGCGCAGUACCUGUGGAGCAUGGACGAGCUGUUCCCGGUGUUCCACUUCGUGGUGGUGCGCGCGCGCGUGCUGCAGCUGGGGUCCGAGCUGCACUUUGUGGAGGACUUCCUGCCGCCGGCACUGCACCGUGGGGAACUGGGGCUCAUGUUCACCACGCUUAAGGCCUGCUACUUCCAAAUACUUCAAGAAAAAAUGUCGAUCAAUUCGUUAUGAAUAAGUUUAGUUCUCGAAAUACUUUGUAUGUCGGUCAGUGUUUGCUGUCGCAGAUAAUUGUAUUGUAUCUGCCAUGUUUGUUUGCUAAACCGCUAGAAGUGUGCGUUAUAUUUGUUAGUGUCAUGUUUUAAAAGGAACAAAAAAAAGACGUGUGGCACUCGGGGACUGCCGCGGUAAAGCUAUUGCAUGCUAUGCCUUCAAGCCACACCUCCGCCCGUCGGAGUGGGGAGCGUGAGGUUUUUUCGUUACGGAAUUUCUCGAUUCGGUCCCCGCGCUCAAAGCCCGCGAUAGAAGCUAUGCAAUAGCUUAAAAAUUAAACAAAUUUUAUACGCAAUAAUGUUAAAGUCAUCCCUAUUAUAAAUAGCCGUAACGAACAAUAGUGAUAAAAAUCAUAAUACUAAUUAAAUUUUAUUCGUGUAAAACAUCUGUAAAGUAUUAAAAACAGAUCACAAUAAACUCUAUGUAACAUAAAACUAAUGA